GACUGUGAACGGUGCAAAGAAGCCUUUGAGGUUAGUUCAAUUUUAACAGGGACGUGAUCUUAUAGCGGUUGAAGAGAUUAGUUCAAGAAUGAGUUACUUUGUCUAUCGUAAAAUGAUAAUCAUCGGUUGAAAUGUUUCGUAGGCGGCUAGGCCAACAACAACACCUGUGUGGCUAUUAAAUUUGGGGCCUUGGACGUGCUAAUCUGCCAUCCGAUAGGAUAUAGUGUAUGCACGUGUAGGGUGGUUGCAGUGUAAGUAGAACAGCUGAUAUGACAUACUCUACUUGGACUGGUUAAUCCUAUUAAGCUUAGAGCAUUUACGACUUUUAUGACAGGAUGUUGUUUACGACAAUUAUCUGGUAAGAUAUUUAUGGGACAUAACGCCCUCUAUAGGGGGGAUCAAAAUAUCAAAUAGCUAUGACCAUAGUCCCUUAUCACACAUGAUAAUGACGUGAAAUAGUUUUAGCCACUAUUUUCGUGUGUUCUAUUUGUUUUGUUGUUAGCGGUGCGUGUUAACUAUGGACUAACACGGCAAAUUGAAAAGAGCAAACAUUUUGAGGUGUGGCUCUGCACUUUGCCUGGGAUCUUUUAUCCUCGGGAGCUCACAUCAUAAUCAUUCACCGACGAGAAAUCAGUUGAAGAGUGAAUGGGAACAAGGAAAUUACAAAUAGAAGAUUGUUUCAUCAUGUCUCAUCAUGUUCACAACUACUUGACUGUUUCGACAGGAGCUAAUGAAAUAGAGAAAUGGCUCCUAACCUUGAAUGAACUGUGUCUCCAUCCGUUUUCCAUCUCAUGGCCGUAAUGUCCGGAGGGCUCUUCCGUUCUCACAGGUUAUGACGGCUAAUUCUAACCAAAAGAAUUAAAAUUAAAACCCCAAUCAAUAAAUGAGCACACGAUACAGAAUAUUUGGUGAAACUAACUCGUACAAUAAGCAACUAGCAUAUAUGUAAAAUGUUAGUGAUUUCACGGAGACAUUUUUGGCUCAUUGUGUAACCAUAGUCACCGGUACAAGAACAAAAAUCGAACCCAACAUUUAUACAUACAUAGAACAUUAUCGCCUUUACAUUAAAUCCCCAUUCAAACUUUAUUUCAAAGUUGAUCUAUGGCAACAAACAAACAUGAUAAAUCUUAACAAACAACGUUCAUUUUUUUAUCUCCCGAUACUGCCUUCAAAAUCCAUAGAGGGACUAAGGUUAGAGAACGAUUAAGAGCCUUCAUCGAUAGGAAAAAAUAAACCUAAGAAGAGCUUAAAUUUCGUAUAAAAUGGGGAAGCAAAGUCUCUUCUUCAGUCCAUUAAAAACACACACGAUACUCUAAUAAGAAGGAAAGAAAAUGGUUCGCUGCUUUUCAACAGUUCACGUAGCUGUUUUGUUGUUGGCUUGGUCGACAUGUUCGACCACUACUGCCGUCAAUUUAGAGGGAAAACUGCAACAACUAACAGACACGUUUAACCAAUUCAAAGUAGAAGUUCAGGCAAAAGAAACGAGACUGCAGGAUGAAGUGGCUGAACUAAAGGCAAAAGUUACAGGACUAGAAGCCCAACUACAACGUCACGAGUCGUUUAUCGCAAACCUGCAGAACCCGACGCCGAAAAUCGCAAACGACAUCCAACCGAAAUUAAUCAACGGAAUGCCAACUUCGUGUGCCGAACUCAAGUCGAUUGGGCACAUCUGGAGCGGACUCUAUUCCGUCAUGGGUGUCAACAUGGUCGAAACAAUCUAUUGCGACUUCACCAAAGCACUUGGAGAUCCAGGACUACAGAAAUGGAUCGGCUAUAACGAUGUCAAAUCGGUGCCAGUCUACUUUUACGUUCAAAAGGACAAUAGUUUCAACCUCACAAACACUCCGAUCCCAUUCGAACGCGUUUUGAACAACAUCGGAAACGCCAUGAAUAUAGACACUGGCAUCUUCACGGCACCCGUCACAGGAACUUAUUUCUUUGCCGUGUCCGGAAUGGUCCAUUUCCCUUCUUCCCCUACGUCAAGACAAGAGAUCGGUUUAGCCUUGUAUUCGAACGGCAACGAAAUCGGUUUGGCUCUGGCUGACGAAGUCGGCACUAUUGAACAAUUCGGAACUUACGAUAUGGAAUCGACCCUCAAUCUUAAAUCAGGAGAUCAAGUGUGGUUGGCCAUCAAGUACAAGUCGACAGACACUUACGUAUUUGACAAUUUCCAGCACCAGAAUCACUUUACUGGUUGGCUUCUGCAACAAGAUUUCAAUAACUCGGCGUACCACAUGAGUGUGUAAAUUAAUGUCAGAUGAACAAUUUGCUGCCAACAACAAAUGUAUGCCUUAAUAUAAGUUGCUCUCAUUUUUGUUAUUUGUUAAUUGCAAUAAAUAACAUUAAAAAGGA